CACAAAACGGCGCUAGGCUUAAUGUUUGAUUGUUACUGCGCUAAUUACGUAUCUACCAACCUACAUGAGUAGUUUGUGACCAAAUUUUACUUUCAAUCGACUUUUCUUUGUUGCGUUUUUAACUUUAGCAUUUCGUAACAUUUUUAAUGUAGCAUUAGGAACGCUGACUUUGAUAUUAAGUAAAAGAUUCGUUGGUCCAAUACGAAACAACCGUCAGUAUAAUUGGAGUAAACAAUGUCGUGGAAAUCUUUAGGGCGUUUGCUAUCAGGAAUUAAAGGAGCUUACAAUGAUAUAAACCCUGCGACGUUAACUGGAGCCAUUGAUGUGAUUGUUGUCGAACAAAAAGAUGGUUCUUUCACGUGUGGACCGUUUCACGUUCGGUUCGGGAAACUAACAGCUUUCUCUCCAACGGAUAAGGCUGUUGAAGUCUAUGUCAAUGGUGAAUUUGUUGACUUUCUACAGAUGUCUUUAGGAAGUGCCGGUGAUGCAUACUUUGUAGACUCUUCCGGUUCAACAACAGAUGAAUUCUUAACGGCAGAUCCCAAUGACUGUCCAGGAUUCACAUAUGAUGACCCAUGGUCUGAGAUUCCCGUGCGGCGUCAUUCACGAAAGGUUCGACGGGACUCUGCAAUGAGUGAACCGGGUACAGAAUCUAACUCAAUAAAAGAGGAUAUAGAUGAAUUAUGUGGGACAAGUUACGAAGUUUCGUCUGAUUGUGAAGCCUCAAGUGAUAGGCUUAGAGACUCCCGAAAGUGUCGGAAUUCUGUUGGUGAUAAGUUUGGUUCUGACAGCCAGUUGGACGAAAGUUUAAAGGAUACUGUAAGCAAUUAUAGUUACGAUUGGAAUCUGACGAAAUAUCAGCCACGUGGUAGCAGUUCCUGUGUCGUUAAAGAUGUCACAAAAAGUGAUGUACAAGACCCUCAUCUAAAAAACUUUACACAUGAAAAAGAAGUGUACCUGGAAGAACUAGUUACAUCGGAAGUCGAUCAAAAUAUUAAAGAGGUGUACAUCUACCCCCCAUCUCACGGAAAUUUUCCAUCUCAGUGUCAAGGAUCAUGCAACACUACUGACAGCAACUGUGUUGACUAUGGUUAUCGUUCCGACAACGAACACUCUCCGAGAAGCAUGUCACCCAUCCAUCCCUAUGAUUUAAGUUUAAGACUCUCGUUGUGUGGUGGUUUAUCUUCAGAUAAUCCUUGUUCUGAGGGGAAGUUUGUAGAGCACAUAGUUUCUUAUGAAGAAUUUAUACGUGACCCUAACACUAUUUUAUCUAAUCCCAAUCUUGUUGUUUACUUCAAUGGACGUUAUUGCAAUUGGCAAGUAACUGCUCCUUCUAUUGUCAGUUUACUUGCCUUUCAAACACAACUACCUUAUCUGACUUUACAAAAGCUAGAAAACCAGUACCUACCCAAAAAGCAGUCUCGACGUACCUCAUGGUUCAGCUGGGGUGCAAGUCAAACACGAACUGUUGCUACAAACUCCGUAAUCCCUGCUAAAGAAGUCGAUAAUGUUGAAGAAAAACGGCUUGAUUCCAGCUCACAACCACCUCAGGUACACACCACUCACAGAGUUACUAAAAUCAACAGACUUUCUUCAAGUGAAGUAUCCAGAUUGAAACUCAAACCUGGACGAAAUGAUAUUGAGUUUCGUGUCACCACAAAGUAUCAAGGGACUUGCACAUGUUCAGCUUCUAUUUAUUAUUGGCAUUGGUAUGACAAAAUAGUUGUUUCUGACGUUGAUGGAACCAUUACACGUAGUGAUUUACUUGGACACUUGCUUCCUAUGGUAGGUCGUGAUUGGACACACUCUGGAGUUGCUCGACUGUACAACCGAGUUAAAAAUAACGGUUAUCAGUUCCUCUAUCUUUCAGCCCGAGCUCUCGGACAAGCAGGUAUAACUAGGAGCUAUUUGAGACAAGUCGUUCAGGAUUCAUCAUCCAGGUUGCCAGAUGGACCAAUACUAUUGUCUCCGAAUUCUCUUCUCCAUGCCUUCCACCAAGAAGUCAUUAUUAAUAAACCAGAAGUGUUUAAAACGAAAUGCCUUCAAGAUGUAUGUUGCCUUUUUCCGAAGGGAUCCUCUCCACUGUAUGCGGGAUUCGGUAACAAGGUUAACGAUGUUUUCGCAUAUCAGAAAGCUGGGAUCGAGCUUUGCCGAAUAUUCACAGUUAAUCCACGAGGAGAAGUUCGUAAUGAAUAUCAGUCCUUAAGAAGUACAAGUUACCAUGAGUUGGGAGAUUUAGUGGAUCUUCACUUCCCACCUCUUUGUAAGUACCAGACUACGCAUAUACCACAUCCUGUUGACUAUCAUUCUAGUUGUGUUAUAAAGUCAGAAAAUUCGACGCCAGCUGUUGCACAUCCACCUGACACAUUUGACCCCGUACUUGUUGAUUUAACCACGUUCUCUAGUUUUUCGUUUUGGAAAUCUAAUUACGAAUUAUAUUUUCCUCUUCCGAAAACACUGGAAAAUUCUUGAUAUAUAUAUAUAUAUAUAAUGUCUGAAGUACAUUUUCAAAUCGCCUUUCUUGUUGCUCGCUUCCAUUCUAGUAACAUAACUAAUGUAGUAUUUAUCUUGCAAACAGACACCCACAUUUUUCAACAUAUUUGCCUUUCUAUUUUAUUAAGAAUGUUACAGAGAUUAUUAUUUUCUACUUUACGUACAAAUUGUACCUAACUAUUCGUAAAAAUGAACUUUCUGAGAUCAAUAAAAUGAUAACGAACUAUUUGUACUUUUCAUACUAUUUUUCAAUAAAAUAACUGAAUACACACUAGUUGGAACUUUUAGGCUCUAUCGGAGAACCUAUCAAUAGAUAGUUGUUUUGAACAGGCCGCAGCGCAUUUGACCGAAAUAGCUUAUUCUCUGGACUCCAACACGUUACUCUACUUCUACGCUAGGUACAAACAGGCCACUGUUGGCCCAUGCAAUGUAUCAAAACCAGGAAUUUUCGAUGUCAGUGGUCGAAAGAAAUGGUGGGCGUGGCAUGAUCUUGGGAAUAUGCCUAUCGAUGAAGCACAAAAGCAGUAUAUUGAUAAGCUACAAGAACUGAAUCCUGAAUGGAAACCAUCGAACGAGAAACAAAGAUCUGUAUAUGUCAGUCGAAUGAUCAAUUUGAACCCAAACUCAAAUGAAUCACCACUUGUAUCUGACACUGACCAUCCAAUUUUUAAUAUAAUUAAACAAAAUGAUAUAGAUUCUUUAAAUGGUUUAUUAUCAGCAAAUGGUAACGAGGUUCAUUCAACCGAUGAAAAUGGAAUGACUCCUCUUCAUUGGGCAUCGGAUCGAGGAUUCACUGAUCUAGUUUCUACUUUGGUCAAAUAUAAUGCAAAUAUAAAUGCCAAAGAUGCUGAAGGACAAACACCUCUUCAUUAUGCUUGUUCUUGUGGUCAUGAUGAAGUUAUACAAGUCUUAUUAAAAUCUAAUGCUGAUAUCUAUGCUAAAGACAAUGAAGGAAAUUGUACCUAUGAUCUGUAUGAUGGUGACUUUCAUACAUUAUUUAACGAUUACUUACAUGGAUCAACGUCCUAGUCUUAAGCUUGUGUGUGUAUGUCUUUGUUACCAUUUUGUUAAUUUCAUGAUCACUUGAUUUCAAUAAAUUUCAUAUUCUGAUCAUCCACUUCAUAUGCUCACCAAUAUUGUAUUACUUAUCAAUAAUAUGAAAUAAAAUGUGUAAUUAUUUUAAGUAUAGUUAUUUCGUAUAACUGUUAUGAUAUUUUGAUUUUCAUCUCUUUCUCAAUUUAUUAAUUUUCUACUAUUGAACGUUGUAUCUACCCAUAAUUAUACGAUUUAUGAGUACAAUUUGGCCUCAAUAUCAAAUUAUAUACGGUAAUUUAUGUUCGAAACAAUAUUUCUUAAAUCAUAUUGUCUCUUCGUAUUUAAUCAACCAACUAGUCUAGAGUAAUACCAUGUUAUACUGUUGCUGUGCAAUACAUCUAUUGAAACCUGAAGAAUCCUGCGUACAAUAGACAAAUAACUCAACAGGAAAUAAUUAUACACUAUAUCGUCAAAGAAAUAACUUGAAAUAAACUAUUUACGAUUCUUUUUGGAAUCUAUAGUCAUUAUU